AACAAGGCAGCACUGUCCCAAAAGGGAACAAUAGAGGCAUCGAACCCAUCCAGGCCAUGUGAUUCGCUCUAGAAGUCUCUUUGAACUUGGGCCUGUGCUCGAAGGUCAAAGAGUGGCGGAGUGGCAAGCACCGCUAUAAGUGGCCAGUUUGGGCGCUUCCGCUUCCUUUCUUUAUACCAACGCCCCCCCACGCGUACUAACAUCCCUCGCACAUCAUCGACUCAAUUCGCAAUGCCCAAAGUCUCCAGCACGCGUCGCUCGGCCGCCCCCUCACCUACAAGCUCAUUGCAGAAGUCCCGUGGGCUGACGGGGACAUCCAAGCCUGCGCCACAAUUGGAUCCCAUUCCUGAAUUACCGGCUCCCGUCCUGAACUCCAUGCCUAGACAGCCCGCUCUGUCGCGGUCACCUCCCGCUUCACGUUCAUUCGGCAGGCGGUUGACGUCACGGUUGACCCGUGCCGCUGCUGAGCCCUCCGCUGUCGCAAACCAAACUGCGUCCAGCAACCAUGCCGAUGGUGGUAGCCUAAACGGUGGCGAUGUCGGCUCGAAUGUCGCGUCAGGAGGGCCGACCCCCUACCGAGUCAACACGCCGACCGAACCGGCCUCAGUCGCCGGGAACGACGGUGGCAACAAAAUUCUGAGAUGGAACGGGCGCACCUUCCUCGACCCGCCGGUGAAGGAAGAGUCCGUCGAACCCAUGCCAAUGAUCUUCGAGGUCUUUCCCCCUCCCUUUGCAUAUACCUACCCGUACCAGCCACCGCUCGACCCCGACCCCGAAUCCAGUGAGAACCUCUUGAAAAUGAAGGAACAGGUCGACUUCGUGACGGCCCGCACCGAGGCCCGCUACGACGAGACGGAGACUAUGGUUAACAACGCUGCAUCCACGGGUCACGUUGCGGCGAUGGAGACCCUCAAGGAGAUAAAGAGACUCGACAAAUUCGUGGCGGAUAUUCGCGAGAGUUGCGAUCAGAAGGAGCUUUUCGACGUGUAUUAUCGGCUGCAGGUGGCCAGGGUGAUAGCAGCAUUGAAAGCUGGCGAGGAUCCAUAUUCUGGUGUGUGGCAUGGGGACACUGUUGGCUCCGAGUGCGGCAGCGGCGAGGAGGAAGAGGAGGCGGAGGUGGAAGAGACGGAGGAAGAUGUCGGCUUGGGGAAACGUCCUCGCGAGGAGCACGAGGAGGCUGGGGAGGAGGAGAGGCCGAAGAAACGGUUGCGUACCCGGAGCAUCUACAGCCGGACCCUCGCCCACCUGCGUUCUCAGGUCCCGCCGCACGAGCCCAAGGAGUCUCCAGCCCCAGAAGUCAUGACAAAGGAAACAGCGGAAGAAGCCAAUGCGAGGGAAGAAGCCAUCUUCGGCUUCAGCGAAGCCGUCCCUUCUGAGGCCUCCGCUUCCUUGUCUGUGGCCUACUCGCCGAAAUUGAUACCGACGUCAAAAGGGAAAGGAAAAGGAAAAGCGAAGGAGGAAGAGCCGGAACACCCUAAGCAUGGGCCCAUCCUCAGACGCCCUAUCCUAUUCGGACCCGAGAGACAAUUCGUAUACGUCCGACCUAUCCUCUAUAAGCCCAAGGAUCCUCAGGAUAUCGAACCUGCUGCAGGGUCCGCCCUUGCCGAGGACACCCGCCUAGCGCACGCGGGCACACGAGCUGCUCCAAGCGGUCAGGCUGAUUCGGACAGUCUGAAGGCCUACAGCGAGUCCCCGGCUGCGAACGACGUUCGAGACGCAUAUGAUGAUGAGCUCGAAUACUACGAUCCUCCAGCGCCUCCUUCCCCCCCUGGCUUGCUGUCGAGCGAUGUCCGUCCCCAGCAGGACGACUGGAACGACGGACCUGCCGGCGACGACAUGACUCGCGAGCCUGUAGACGAGGACGUCUUUGGGCGCAUGCUUUCCAACCCUGUGCCCCGACGGAGCUCCUUCCCGAGCAGGUUGACUGGGCCGUUUGGGCGUCCGCGGAAUGACUCACAAUACGACGACGGUCCAUCCUUUGGCGCUUCAUAUGGCUAUCACAAUGCACUUCCCGCCGAAGCUCCGUCAGCCUACAUCCGGCGUCCUUUGGAUCGCAUGUCGAGCGGUGAAGAAUAUCCGUUGUCACCCCGAGAAGGCCCCUCAGCCUCCUUCAGGCGUCCUCAGAGCGGAAUGUCUUCGGCGCAACCGCCAGCCUCCUUCAGGCGUCCCCUGAACCGAACCCUGAGCCGACAUGUCCCCCCGUCUCUCGAAACGAGACCGUCAGAUUCCCUCAGUCGUUCCCAAGUCCGAUCGACCAGGGCAUCCCGGGCACUUGCCGAUGCGCUUCAAGGCGAAUUCCAUGCAUCUCGCCCGAGCGACAUGCAGAACACCGACUCGGAAGACGACGGCACCGACGAGGAUAUAUCGCGACCUAUUUCUCCGCUGAUGCGGCCAGGAACUCCACGACCGGCUCGUCAUCCUUGGGAAGAGGGUGAGGAUCCCUGCCCGUGGAUGAGGCCGCCGAGGUCUAUCCCCGAGGUUCUGCUUUCGGGGACUGAAGAAGAAGUGGCGAGACUUAGGAGGCAAGGCAUCUCUAGAGGGCUCGAGACAGAGCAGUUAUAUAUCGAACCUCUUUGAACUCGAAUCACAUUACAUGUAAGUAGCACGCCAUUCGACUAGUACUUAUAUCCUGUAUACCCGUACAUCUAUACCCAGUGUCUCUGAUAGCUAUAGCAAUGCUAGGGGAGCACCGAUCUCCCGUUGUAUCUCGCCCAAUCUUUGAACAACGUCGGCAAGAG